GUGUGGCAGUCAGAGUCAGUUUGCGCGACGUGGUGGUGUAGCUACAGCCUGGUAGCUGGUUUUGGACAAAAGCACGUCCACGCGGUACACGGCGACGAGCGAGUGGCUUCGCUGAAGACCGAAUUAACAUUCAGAAAGUGUUUAAAGUUAUCAUCGAUGAGGAAAUAGCCAUCCGGGGCCAGUUCUUCUGGCAUUCAUGAUUACCCGUUCGCUGUGACCAAGUGACAAACUUCUCCGUCGGAGUUGUGCCUAAGAAACAAACAUCCCUGUCGUGACCUAUCCCGAAUCAGAAGGUUAGUUCUCGAACCACCCCAGAUCGAAAACACGGUUCCAGCGAUCGUGACACGCCGCUUUGCGUCGACUCCUCGACUCCAUAAUUCCCCGUCGAGCGAUCAAGGAAAGAUUCAAUGACCUCUCUUUGCCUCAACACGAUCUUUUUUCCGGUGAACGCGCCGUCGUUCGUGCGUUGCGUAGCAUCUGUCCCGGGUUAUCCGUCCGUCGGAGUGUAGCACACAUGCAAGUUUGUGCAGCAAGUGCGCGAUGAUGAUGAAGAUGAUGAUGCUGACGAUGCUGGUGAUGGGCAGCUAAAAGGGAAUAAGGUGGCCCAGCAUCUGUGCUGUGUGUAUCAAGUGUCCUCACUCUAUAUAUGGUUCGAAUAGAAAUCGUUCCCGCUGGUACAGUUUCCAGAAAGAGAGUUCGCGUGAGUUUGUGUUUGUGUUCUUAUGCUAGUGGGCAUAAUGUGAUGAAAUUCAUAAGUUAAUAUACUCCACAUCUCAAGAAUAAAUGCGUUGUUGUUCAGCGGUUCGAAUAACGUUGAGCUGCUACGACGAUCCCCAUGGAAACCGUUUUCCACCGUGCGCGCUAGUGAGCCUGUAUGCGUCUGUGUAGUGCAUCCGUCUGUGCGAAGCGAAUCGUCCUUAUCUUGAAGAUUCAUCUCAGAAUGCGCUGAGCCAGCGUCACAAGGGUGCGUUUUAAGCGUCCAGUCUUGCUCGAAAGGGUUUGUAGAUUGCAAGUGCGAUUGCACCAGCGAUUGAGUGGUGUGUGCAUCGUCCGUAGUCUUUGUGAGCUCAUCACGGUUUAACGGGAUCAUCGUCAUCACAUCGCGCCUUCUCGUCAUUAUCCGGCCGAUGGGCAGAAAGCGCGGAGAAGUUUCUACCAGAGCCCCGGAGUGUUGUUUGUUCAGCUGAAGGCAGUUAACCUUAGCUCGUAACCUGCGCCGUUCAACGCCGUUCGCGCAAAGAACGAUGUACGGCACAGUGAAAUCCCAAGCCGGCAAGAAGGAAGCGUUCGGAUCGGAGCAGCGCGGGGCCAACAUCACACCGGCACGUGAAGCUGCUUAGUGGUCUGCUGCAAAAGUUCGUCGGUUUUUGCGGUUUUCCGUCGCUGCUAACGAGACAACAGAGUGCUGAUGGCUGCCAUCGGCCCGGACCGAGCUAGUUGUGAACUAGCAACAGGGAAAGAGGAGGGUAGUCGUGACCGGAGCAAAGAAGAACGCGGGGAGCACGUUGUAAAUCAGCUAGCAAGUUCACAAUCAACAGCUAAAACGAUGGCGGAUGAGGCGCCCCUAAGCAGUUCGUACUGCACGUUACCGCGACCGGCCAGAUUGUCGUCGAGAAGCGAUGAAACCGAACGGGCCGGAGUUCUACACCACGGGCAGUAUUACACCCUUGGACGGGUUGGUGAUCGGCGCACGCCACAAUCUCCCACGGACGCAGUAGCGAUGGGACAGAGGAUGGCGAAAGCCACCGGCAAUGCGUCGUCCGGCGAAGAGCAACCGGAAUCGACGCAAAGGCUGCUGUACGAACAGAACAUGUGUACGUUUGAGAACUUUUGCGAGCGACGCAACAGUGAACAGAGACUGCAGCGGGCGGCGGAAAGUGAUCCUGACACCAGCAUCGCGGGUGACACCGGGGGGGAUGGGCUCGGUAACUUCUGCACACUACGUAACGGACGUAGGGGUUGGCGAAGUGUCACCGAGGGGAACAAUGGAAAACGCCCGGAAGGACCCCAUCAAGCCCUCGCGGGGGAUUACUGUACGCUGAAGAAGAAAAAGUUCCAGCUCAAUCGGAAGUUUGUGGAAAGUUUUCUGGAAGAUCCCAACGCCCAGGUGGCGGAUUAUCUGUCCGAGCUGGACGCGUACCUGGACGAGAUGGACGGUGUGGACGACGAGAGUGGUGAAAGUGACGCCAGUGACAUUCACUCCACUCCGGACGAGAACGACCGGGAGGGAAAGGAGGAGGAGGGACUAAACUCGGUGGUGGUUGAUCCAGCGCCAGUUGACCCUUGCAGUCAAAGUUUACAGUAUUAUCACCCGACACCGUCGGCCCAAGGAUGCGCGGACGAGCGGGGAAGUGAACGGCACGGGUUUCUCGCGGGCGAUUAUCAGGACGAUCGCAUUCGAUACGGUGAUAUCAAGCACUUCUGUACGCUACCCAAGCAGAAGCGUACGCAAUUUCUGAACGCAUUUAAACGAGGUACCUCCCUGCGAAGGACUGUCGUCGUUGAUACUGAAAGUGAGCGUCAGUUAGGUGCUAUGAACGUUCCAGAAGUCGCCGUUGGUGGUGGGUGUUCAGCGGAUGUCAAUCGGAUUGCUAAUGCUGAAACCGGUCCUCCAGACAACAACGUCCCGGCCAAUGUGUCCCUAUAUGGUCAAUCCGGGAACGAUGCUCCUGCACUUGAUAAUCAGCAGCAGCAUCAUGAGCGGCUUCGACGUCACCAUCCUAGUUGGCAUCGGAAUUCGAUGCGUAAACAGCACCUGAUUGAACUGCCGGAACAGGUUGAAGAGCUUACCGAGGGCCCGUUGGAGGCAGGCCCACAAUCUGCUGUUCACGACGAUCAGGCCAGUGGCGGUUCGUUGGGAAACUUGAGCGAUGAGACGAACGAAUACACCUCCAUCAGCACACUUCCGGUCGGGGAAAUACCUGCAGUUUCGACUCCUUCUGAGGAUAUGUUCAUCGAAAGGCAUUCAGCCCUGGUUGUCGCCCUACCACCAUCACCGGUACCCCCGGUGGAUGUGGAACCGAUCGUCCAUCACACUCCGGCCCUGCCACCCCCUCUAGAGACGGAUCUAGACCGGGAGGAAGAAUUGGUGCAGGCUAGACCGCGACAAACAGGUCGACGAGCGCUAUCGCAACCCCGCAUCGGAUCCAUUACCGUCGAGCGGGACGAGGCCACAAACGAGCUCAUCAUCCGCACAAGUGGCGUCACCGAAACGCCACCUCGUGAGGACGCCAGAGCACACUACUCCACCGAGUCAACCCGGCAUCAGCAGCAAACGCCAGCGUCCCAGACGCACCAACGUCACCAUCGUUACGGCGGGGCGCCGGAGUCGGAGGAGGGCAGUUCGUUGGGCAGCUCGCGAAAUCCGAGCCCGGUUUCGCUGCUGUCCACCACCACCACCUACAGCUCGAUCGCGUCGGCGGCCGAAAAUGCCGAAGACCGGAGUCACCAUCAAUCGAUGGAAAACACUCGCGAAGGAGGAGAAAACCCGGGUUCAUCGGCGGGAGGAUCGGCGCAGGAAGUGGCUACCAUCACUAGUGCCAGCUCUGCCAACAGCCGGAGGAACCGAAUGUCCACUGCAACGGAAGGUCAACGACGGAGUGGCUCCGCGGUAGUCUCCGGUCGGGCGACGGAUGCAAGCGUACCCGUUGGCAGUUCGUCCACCAGCACGGACGACCAGCUGGAGGACGAGUCGGAACUGGAGACGGCACGGCGCAGUAGCCGGCGGAACGAUGGAAGACCGAAGGCACGGUGGCCGCAUGCCAUUUCGCGUCCCCUCGCGACCACCUUCUGCACGCUCGGCCUGUUCAACAUCUCCCGGUUCGCCGUGUUCAGCGUGCACUUCGGCGCCAACUUUGUCGUGCAGUUUCUGAUAUUUUCGCUCUUCUUCGGCAUUCCGAUGAUGUGGCUGCAGAUGGUGCUGGGAGCGCGCAUACGCGGCGGCCCAGUGACGAUGUGGCGCGUCAGCCCGAUCUGCAAGGGCAUCGGGAUAGCGCUCCUGUUGGCCCAGGCCCUCAUUACGCUCUACUCGGCCAUCUCGCUCGCCUGGGUGCUCGUGUACUUCCGGGACGCGUUCAUCACGCACAACGAAAAGUAUCGCUGGCAGGAACGGUUCGAAGCGUACCGGGGGAUCGGGCAGGGGGGCAAUCAAUCCUACCGCCUGCCGGACACGGUUGCGGACUACUUCAACGGCGUGGUGCUGCAGCGGUAUCAUCUGAUCUACCAGCCGGGACCGGCUAGUCCCGCCUUCGACACCGGCGGUCGUGUGCUUCCGCGAGCGAUCUCCGGUAUUGGUGCAAUUCGGUUCCAACUUGCCUUCAACAUGGCCAUCGUGUGGACGCUGGUGUUCAUCGCGCUGUGCCGAGGCAUCCGGUCGCUCGGGAAGGUCGUCAUUGGACUGUUUAUAGUGGCACUGCCCGCCCUGGUGGCCGCCUGUGCGAAGCUACUCACGUUCAUCAACUACGACAGCGUGCAGAGCAUCUUUCCGGCCACGAACUGGCAGGAGUUUUUCCUCAACCCGAUCAGCUGGACAUGCGCGGCACAGGAAGCGUUCCUCACCUGGGGCCUGCUGGGAGUGUCGAUCUAUGCGCUCAACUGCAGAAGCAACCGGAAGGGUAGCUGCAACAUACGCACCCGACGGGAACUGCGCCGGGACGCGUUUGUGGUUGCUUUCGUCACGCUCGUCGGUCUCCUGCUGGCUGCGGUACUCGGAAGUGCCUGCGUGCAGAUACUCAGCAGUCGGGGGUACUACUAUUCGCCUGGAUCUUAUGAGCAUCUUGGCACGAAUGUUUUCCUACGGAGCGGAGGUAACCAACCGAUUCCAUCGCAGCAUAGCACCAUGAACCCGAGCCGGUGGUUUGUCCGCUACUCGACCGUCGUCGGUGAAAGUUUCCGGCGUACGAGAGAAGAAUCCGAGUCGGGCUACCAGGUGCUGCGGCUCGUAACGGAGCUACUGCCAGCCGCGCUGGCCGUCGCGUCGCCCGAGCGCAUCCAACCGAUCUGGGGCCUGCUGGCCUACCUGGCGCUGCUGCUGUUCGGCGUUGGUCAGCUGUGCGUCAUGUGGAAACCGAUCGCCGGUGCCAUCGGUGACGCACCGUCCUCCAUUCUGCUGAGCUGCGUGACCGGUCUGCUGCUCGGAAUGCCGCUCGCGACCGAGGGUGGCAUCAAUGUUGUGCACUACCUCGACACGAUCCUCGGUGCGGCCUGGUGGUUGCUGUUGCUCUGGAUCGGCCACAUAUUGGCGCUGUUUCUCGUCCGCGGUCGACCGUUUACAAGUGACAUUCUAGUCAACGACCUGCAGCUCCUUCAGUCGUGUUCGGCGUUCAUAGCAUUCGCAUGGAACUUUCUACUUCCGAUCGGGCUCAUCUUCCUGUGCAUCAUCCAGUACCGGCUGUCGAAUAGUGCCGCCCUCUUCAACUGGCCAUCGACGCCCAGUUCGAACGGCCCGGGGCAAGUAGGCAGCUACUGGCCUCUAUGGGCCCGCCAGGUCGGUGGGUUCGUGCAGGUGAGCUUCCUCCUGCUAGUGCCGAUCGUGAUGGUGGUGCAAAUCUAUCGCUACCUGUGCAGUGGUCCACCGGAUAUAUUGGAUCGUGUCGAUCUCCUACUUCGGCCACCGGUGGAUGGUGAUACGAGCAAUCCAAUCCGAGCGAUUCACUCCCGUCGUCCUGCCGUUUCAAGCGCCGCGCAGCAAACCGCAGCUAAUGGAACUAGAAACACUUCAUCAGCUGGCCAGCGCGACGGUUCAUCAUCCGAUCGAGCUGUUUCUCUUUCGCUGGACUCUCGCGGGCCUCGGGAUGCAGAGGAUGCACCGCCAAAGUACACACCACCACCCUCCUACACGACGGCAACAGGAGCUCGCAUUGCGAAGAUGCUACGGAACAGUAUCCGCCGUAGCGUUCGUCGGAUAAUGGGAGAAUCCAGUGGGACCGGUGCUACCAGUGGUGCAAUGGGGUAUAGCCGACAGCGGGCAGCUCUGCCACAAACGACCAUGGAACAUUGCGAUCUGUCGCAGGGUGCGAACCCUUCGUCCGGUGGGGAACUACCACCACCGGACUAUUGCUCCGUGCUCCAACAGCUUGGUGGUGGGCCGCCGGUGCUGGAAGGAGCGAUAACCGCACUCGAGCUCGCAAGGCCACCCCGAGCCCUGUACAACUCUUCAACACUCGGCAGCGGACGACGGUAUCGUUCGCUGAUCGCAAACGCGGACGCAAAUGCUUCACACGAGCAACAGCAGAUCCAACCCCUAACGGCAUCGGAUGUGCGCCAAAUUCUACGACCGGCCACCAUCGGUGGGGCUACGGCACCACCACCACUGGCUCCGGCGACUGCCGCAGGCUUUACGCAAACCUUACGGAACACUCUGCUGCGCCGGGGGCACUCGAUGGAGAAUCUCGUCCUGGCGGCGGCGCCUAUCGGCGACUCGAGCAUUAUCACACUCAACUGUGACGACAACGAUGGCGAGGCAGUGGGCGAUGGAAAUAGGCGCCACCGCACUGGCAUCGGCAGGGACUCUGUGAUAUAGGAUGAUCGACCCUAGAGAGAAUUCCAAUCCGAAAGUCAUGGUCGGGUUGGGAAUGAUUCACGAAGAAAAAGUUGACGAAAUUAUUUUAAAAGCUUAGAAAAGACGUUGACGAUACGGUUCAGAUAUGGGGGGGGUGUCCCCAUCCCCCAACACAUACAACAUUACCCCGUAACAAUGUCUACAUCUUAGUUUCUAGUAGCGUUCUACCGAUCGUAUAUGAAUCGGAAUAAAACCUAACACCGUCCAGCUUCGCCAACGUUCGGAGCUUCGUUGCAAGGGGAAGGAAAUACUCAAUUUAGUAUUUAUACAACGUACCGUACGGUAAAGAUCGUAGUUGAAAUAUAUCUAACAUGGAAGGGUAACAAUCCGUGGCAAUAAGGUACACUAUGUUAAAUGAAACAAUGUUUCAACGAUAAAAAAAAUGCUGCUAAAGGUAGAGUGUAGAAAACUAGUUAGGAAGAUAAUUAGAUCGAUAAAAACGUCAUCACAGCGCGUCGAGUUUAAGCAACACAAACAACAGAAACCGAACUGUAGAUAGUAGCUGGACGCUAGAAGUAUGAUUGAUUGAUUUCUACAAUUGACAAAGUGCACUUAUCUCGUUUACGUUUAGCUUUUUCAAGCCGAAAGGAGUCGCGUUUGACUGAUCAAAGACUUUUUCUGUGUAUCUGUAUAACGUUAACGUUCGAUCGUACCGGAGAAGAUCUGAUCGUCCGCCCAUAAACUGUUCGACUUGGCUAACUAAUAACAAACGCAAAUUAUAAAAAGUUAAACUUGAAUAAAAAUAUUAUUUAUUUUCUCACUCAUAA